UCCCCCUCCCCUCCCCCUCCCUGUUGGUCUAUUCCUCUGCCUCCUCUUUUCUUCCUGUGCGCCCACUCCUCUGAGUUCCCCACACAAAAGAGCCCCCUGGACGCUGGGAGCUGGUGGGGAGAAGCUAGCUGGCUCUUCUCUGGUCUUUCUCUUUAUCUGUCAUAUGGAGAGUAUGCCUCUUCGGCAGGACUAUUGUGAGAAGUAAAACUCAUCUGAGGCCAGAAAAAAAGUGGCAUCUUCAUUCAGCAAAUAUUUAUUAAGCAUCAACUCUGUGCCAAGCCCUGUUCUAGGUGUGGAGAAUGAAGCAGUAGACUAAACACACAAAAGCUCUCUUCGCAGAGCUGACAUUCUUCUAACAGACUUUUUCAGGCUCUGAAAUGAUCACCAAAAAUUGACAAUUUAGAGUUGCAAUCAAGCAUUCCACAAAGAAGGAGAUUAAAAUGCAAUACCACAUGUAAACUUGACUGGCCAACAUUUGAUCCUUACUAAUAGAGAAGAUGGCAUAGCCAUGUGAGCUUGGAUGAGUUUUGCUUUCUCUCCGGAGCUUCAGUCUCAUUUAAGCUGCCAGUGUUGGUGGUGAGGUCUAGAUAUGGGUAAUGCAUCCAAAGUGUUUAGCCAGUGCCUGUGCUUUAAAUAUUAGCUAUCAUCAACUCGAUGCAGAAAAUGCAAUGCUAAGACCGGGUAUAGCUUUAUGUCACUAACUCUAAGCCCUGUAAACCCAUUAGCCACCUUUGCCCAGGCCCUGCUCAUUCCCCUAGGUGCUGAGCAAGGAGAGCAGUGCCCUCCUGCCCUCACUCGGAUGCCACCUCCUACCGUCUAUAACCUGGACCGGGCCUGGAACUCUGUACCUGGAACAAUGCCUCCUGUCUUCUGUCUGUUCUUGUGCCUUACCAUGUCCCAGCUUGGACAUGGGACAAAGCCAAACUCAUGCCCUGCCAUGUCCCGUCCUGUGGCUUACAUCCCAAACAUUCCUUGCAAGCUAAAUGUGCCCUCACUCUACACAUGUAGAAACCCAUCUUGGAGGUGGGGCGUGACUUGCCCAAGGACCCCCGGAUGCUACCUGGGAGGUGUUGGGGCCAGAACCACCUGUCUAGAAUUCCAAGCCAAGUGGUCUUCCUUUGGUACUCCUUUCCAGGCAUGAGGCCUCUUAAUCCCAGGGCUUGUAUCCAGCGACAGAGCGUGGAGGUUUCACCUUGAAAUAGGUCCAGCUGGGCUGCUCAUAUAAAAUCCAGAGCUCAAAGACAAUUUUGCAGGGAGAGUGAGCAAGUUGGGCUCAUAACCAGUGCACAGAAAUCUCCACGUGGCCACAGGAAUGCUGACUCAGCUUCCCAGCUCGCUCUCCUCUGCAGCCUGGAGCUGGGCUGUGCGGUCUGUUUCUUUGAGAUGUCCUCACUUUCUGAGGGCAGAUGGGGGCGGUAGACCGGCGUUCCAUACCCAGCACUGCUGUGUGACUCCAGACAAGACACCUUCCCUUUCUGAGCCUCAGUUUCCUUAUCUGUGACGUGGGUUAAUUACAUGUGCUUUGCAGGAUUGCUAGGAGGGGAUCAUAAGAUCAUGAAGGGGUUUCCAAUGGAACCAGUGCUGGUGAUUGUUAUUGAGAAGUGAAUACUCCCUAUGGGGCAGUUUCCGCAGUUUCCUUCCCCACUACCAGCUGCUCCAGAAAGACCAAAGGAAGUCCCUGUUUAGGACACAAAGGCCUAGAGAGCAGGGCUUUGGGGUCAACAUCUUGAGUUCCAACCCCUCACGGUGUGACCUGAGCCUCCCUGAAAGGGGAAUAGCAGUGCAUCUCUUGCAGAUCUGUAUACAAAACUUUUCGUGAUGCUCUGUGUCCAAAGAACAUUCGUGAAGAGUUUCUGUUUUUCUGCCUCCCCAUACCACCCCCCAACAUUUCCUAAUUGCUCCCAGAAAAACUCCAUGUUUAAAGUUUUCCGUGCUUAAAUUUUCAGCCUCACUGUGGCAUGAAAUCAAUUGUUUGCAUUUAAUUUGGCUUCUCAAAUUAAGGGGUAAAAUUUGAGAUGAGGGUAGGGGGUGGGGGGAGGAGAUGAGGAAAACGAAGUUAAACCAGAUGUGUUUUUGUUUAACUGUAGGAUGGUGGUUAAACUGCCUGAGCAUUACCGCUGUUCUUUCUGAAUUCCAGUAACAAGGAGUCAGGUUUCACUAAAAAUUGUAGUGUUCCUUCCCUGCUGGUGUGGACUGGCCCUCCCCAUCAUUAUUAUUAUUAUAACUAUUUUAUAUUCAUCUGAGGCCAUGAAGUACCGGCCAUAGAGGAGACCUCAGAGCUGUCUAGAAUUUCAGAGCUGGGGAUUGAGGUCCAGAGAGGGGAAGGGGCUUGUCUGGGGUCACCCAGCUGCUCAGGAUAGACCUGGGCUAGGAAUUCAGUCUCCGGUCUCUGAACUCCAUGACCUUCCCAAGGUAACCUCUCUCCAGAAUUUGGAGGAUUAUUAUUAUAUAGCAUGUCCACUUGUUUCUUUAGUAUAUCUAUUUUAUGAAAAGAGAAAUAAUUAUUCAAGGGAGGAGGCAUGUGGUGUGAGUUAGUGGAAAAAGAUCUGAAACUCAGGAGAGCAGAGUUUAAGUCCUUGAGCUGUUGAUAAACGAUCUGUGGGACUUUGGGCAGGUCACUUCCCUCUCUGGACCUGUUUCCUCAUCAGUAAGCCAAGAUGCCGGAGGAGCAGGAGUGGGGAGAUGGGACUUCCCGAAGAUACGGGAUGAGUCUGAUGUAAUCAACUGGCCGUCAAAUAUUCACAGGCUAACUGUGCUAGGUUAUUGCAGGUCAGUCAUAAACUGCCAGCCCAACAGCGGGGCUGGGGUGGGUGACUGACUCAGGCAGUGAUUUAAAAACUUUGAUUUAGUUGCUUUUGUUGUUAAACCAGGCAGUUUCAUUUUACAUAAAAACGUGGGUUUCUGGCUUCUCUUGAAAGAUCACAUGCGGCCUCACUGGGCAUCCCUGCCUGGCCACAGUAGCUGGAGCUGAUUAGCAGUGCCCUCUGCACUUUACCCCGCCCUCCCUCACACCCAGCCCACUUGCUGCAUUGCCUGUUACCUGCCUGGCUUCUGCGUUUGCAAUUUCUGGGCUCGAUGCUGUGAGACCACAUAGGAGGGGCUCAAAUCUUAUCGGAAUGAUUGCAUGAGGCCUGGGCCAGCCCUAGGUGCAAGAGGAGGAGACUGAAGCGCAGAGAAGUUGGGUAACUUCCUCAGGGUCACACAGCUGGAAAGCGGAGGAUCGGAACAUCAGUUAACAUCUGACCACUUCCAGCCCACCUCUUUCCACCCUCGUGGAUUGCAUCUCUGGGCUCCAGAGAAGAAGCAGAUCUUGGGGUGCACCAUGAUUUCACCGUUCUUUGUACUGGCCAUUGGUGUCUGCCUUGCCACCUCCUUUGUGCCAGAGAAAGAGAAAGACCCCAAUUACUGGCGAAACCAAGCUCAGCAGACCCUGAAAAAUGCUCUGAAACUUCAGGAUCUCAACACAAAAGUGGCCAAGAAUGUCAUCAUGUUCCUAGGAGAUGGGAUGGGCGUCUCCACGGUGACGGCUGCCCGCAUCCUCAAGGGGCAGCUUCACCACAGCUCUGGGGAGGAGUCCAGGCUGGAGAUGGACAAGUUCCCCUUCGUGGCCCUUUCCAAGACAUACAACACCAAUGCCCAGGUCCCUGACAGCGCAGGCACUGCCACCGCCUACCUGUGUGGGGUGAAGGCCAACGAGGGCACUGUCGGGGUGAGCGCGGCGACCGAGCGCUCUCAGUGCAACACCACGAAGGGCAACGAGGUCACCUCCAUCCUGCACUGGGCCAAGGAGGCUGGCAAAUCUGUGGGCAUCGUGACGACCACGCGAGUGAACCACGCCACCCCCAGCGCUGCCUACGCCCACUGUGCCGACCGGGACUGGUACUCGGACAACGAGAUGCCCGCGGAGGCUCUGAGCCAGGGCUGCAAGGAUAUUGCUUACCAGCUCAUGCACAACAUCAGGGACAUUGAGGUGAUCAUGGGCGGUGGCCGGAAGUACAUGUUCCCCAAGAAUAGAACCGACGUGGAGCAUGAGACGGAUGAGAAGGCCAGAGGCACGAGGCUGGAUGGCCUGAACCUCAUCGACAUCUGGAAGAGCUUCAAACCAAGACACAAGCACUCUCACUACGUCUGGAACCGCACUGAACUCCAGGCCCUCGACCCCCGCACGGUGGACUACCUCUUGGGGCUCUUUGAGCCGGGGGACCUGCAGUACGAGCUGAGCAGGAACAACGUGACUGACCCGUCACUCUCUGAGAUGGUGGAGAUGGCUCUCAGGAUCCUGAAGAAAAACCCCAAAGGCUUCUUCUUGCUGGUGGAAGGAGGCAGGAUUGACCACGGGCACCAUGAGGGCAAAGCCCAGCAGGCCCUGCACGAGGUGGUGGAGAUGGAUCGGGCAAUAGAGCUGGCGGGCAGCAUGACCUCUCUGGAUGACACGCUCACCGUGGUCACUGCUGACCACUCCCACGUCUUCACCUUCGGUGGCUACACCCCUCGUGGCAACUCUAUCUUUGGUCUGGCUCCUGGGGUGAGCGACGUGGACAAGAAGCCCUACACGGCCAUCCUGUACGGCAACGGGCCUGGCUACAAGGUGGUGGGCGGCGAGCGCGAGAACAUCUCCGUGGUGGACUUUGCUCACAACAACUACCAGGCCCAGUCGGCCGUGCCCCUGCGCUACGAGACCCACGGCGGGGAGGACGUGGCGGUCUUCGCCAAGGGCCCCAUGGCACACCUGCUGCACGGCGUCCAUGAGCAGAACUAUAUCCCCCACAUGAUGGCUUACGCAGCCUGCAUCGGCGCCAACCACAACCACUGUGCCUCGGCCAGCUCAGCAGGCAGCCCCACUCCAGGCUCCCUGCUGCUCCUGCUGGCCCUGCUCCCCCUGCACAUCCUGUUCUGAGGGCCCAGGGCUCAGACACCCACGAGCCUGUGACAGAUGGGCCAGCGCUGCCCACCUGCCCGGCAGCCCACACCUCAGGGGCGGGAAGGCAGAGCCCUCCACAGCCUCCACAGCUGUCAGAAAGGGGACCCAGGAAACCAAAGUCUGCCGCCCGCUGGGCUCCACUCUGGCAUCGUCCACUGAGGCCAGACCAGUUCCUGGCCUCUGCCCUCUGCUCCUUCCCCACUGCCCCUUUGGCCAGGGUAGGUUCCUCUCGGGUAGGCAGAGCACACAGACUGCAGAAGUUCUCAAAGCAUCUAUCUUAUUUUUCUAGCAAACCUACUUCCCUAGACCUCUAGAGGCCCUGGAGCCUCCAUGGAACAUUCUGGAUCCGACCCUCUCACCCUCAUCUCCUUCCCUCUGGAGCCCACCCCCAAGCCUAGUGCUCCCUACAGAGAAGGUCUCUCCUCAGGCUGCGGGUUUGCUCACUCGCUCAUUCCGAGGCUGCCCGGGGCUCCCAGGGACAUCAGCUCUUGGGAAGGGGCGCCCAGCCCCAGGGAGCCCGGGUCAGGAGGAGCAGGCCUGGUGGGGUCUGCAUUUCCCAGCUCCAAGCACGCAAGCCAGCUCCUCCCUAAGCAACUCCUGUUUGGAAUGGCAAAAAUAGUCUGUUUUGGGUUUUGGUUAAAAGGGAACACAAAACAAUGAAAUAAAACUUUCCAAAUAUUUCUGA